GUCUUAUUCCUUUCUGAUAUUAGGAGCACGAGCCUCGAGGUAAUGACCGGGGGAAGAAAUAUUACCAAGAUCACCCAGUUUAUCCUCCUGGGAUUCUCAGAUUUCCCAAGAAUUACAGCAAUGCUUUUUGUCAUAUUCUUGGUUAUUUAUCUUCUGACUCUGACCUGGAACUUGUCCCUUAUUGCUUUAAUAAGGUUGGAUGCCCACCUCCACACACCAAUGUAUUUCUUCCUCACUAAUCUGUCCUUUAUAGACCUCUGCUUUGUCACUUCUACAGCCCCCAAGAUGCUUUCUACCUUCUUCCAGGGAAAACAAACUAUCAGCUUUGUGGGCUGCAUAGUUCAGUACUUCUUCUCUGCCACUAUGGCGCUGAGUGAAUCUUGCCUCAUGACAGCCAUGGCCUACGACAGGUAUGCUGCCAUUUGUAACCCACUGCUCUAUUCAUCAAUCAUGUCACCCACCCUUUGUGCUCAGAUGGUGAUGGGAACCUAUAUUGCAGGACUCACAGGUUCUUUAUCUCAGAUUUGUGCCUUGCUGCAGCUCCACUUCUGUGGACCUAAUGUCGUCAGACAUUUCUUCUGUGACAUAUCACAACUUUUAAAGCUGUCCUGCAGCAAUGCUUUCUCUGUGCAGGUCCUGCUGGUGAUAUUAACAAUGGUUUUUGGAAUAGUCAAUGCCUCAGCUAUCAUGCUAUCCUAUGGCUUUAUUGUCGUGUCCAUCAUGAAGAUCACUUCAGCUAAGGGCAGGUCUAAGGCAUUUAACACCUGUGCGUCUCACCUGACAGCUGUUUCGCUAUUCUAUAGUUCUGGUAUCUUUGUCUAUUUGCGUUCCAGCUCUGGUGGCUCCUCCAGCUUGGACAGAUUUGCAUCUGUCUUCUACACUGUUGUGAUUCCAAUGCUGAAUCCUUUGAUAUACAGUCUGAGAAAUAAGGAAAUCAAAGAUGCCAUGAAGAGGUUGCAGAAAAAGAUAAUCUGCUGCCUAGGUCACAGAUAAGAAGAUUUCAGCAAACUGCCA